AUGACCCAGCCCACCGCCAACGCCGAUCAGCCCCCGGAUUAUGCGGAGAACCCGACCAUCAUCCAAGGAAGUCUACCCCCGGAUACUCUCCGCUUGGCGGGCCGCAGUAUCCACUCCGCCACGUUCCGCGACGCCGACGCGCCGGGCCUCUACGAACUGAACCACCAGAUCGAUUUCCUGCGAGAGACGGACAGGCUGGUGCAGUUCACCCGUAUCGAUUACUCCGUCAAGAACCGCAGUCGGGACGCCGCCUCCGUCCCCGAGAUCGUCCCUCAUCCGAGACACAUCUUCAACCUGGAACGGCCGCAGGCGAUCAUGCAGGAGGCGUUCCCGUACUACAUCAAGUCUGUGUCUCGGAGCGGGUUGGGCAGCAUCGGGCUCAAAUUCUCGAAAAUCGGCAAGAGCGUGUGCAAGGCGUGGCGCGUCGGACGCAAGGCCAGCGACAAGAGUGUGUUCGAGGCCCGCGAGCUCCUUUUCGACGUCCGGUCCAACAACGACGUGCUGGACUGGAUCGACGGACAGGAGGUCCGGAUCGCGGUGGAAUACUCCCAGGACAACAUGUACAGCCUCAACAUCCUGGCGCCCAUGGACCGGGCGAUGCGCGAUGCGCUCGUCGCCGCGUGGUGCGUGAGGCUGUGGAACAGCUUGGCUGUGAGGUUUCACAAACGGGAGACAUGGAAUAGAGCUAGUCUGACCAAGUGA